UUUUUUGUGUGUUAAUGAGAAAUUGAAAGCCAUUUGAGAAGAUAAAAUAGCCAUCGUCCUCAUUAUCAUAUAACUCAUAAUCCAAUUCCAAGCUCUUCUCCAAUGGCUUCCAUUUGGUGCCACUCACUAACACUCCUCCCCAUUCACAAAUCAUCAUCAUCAUCAUUAUCAAAUCCCACCUUAGUUUUUCCAUCCCUCGCCAAAAUUUCUAAACCCAACUCAUUUUCUCGACCUCUUAUCAAGUUAUGCAGCUCCGGUAACGGUGCCACGAAUCCAACGACGUCCUCUUCCACUGUCCCAGACGAAGAAGAAGCUCAGAAUUUACCCACCGAGUUGUCCAUGAGUAUAGAUAAUCUUCUCAGCUUCUUCAAUAUCAAUUUGGGUCAUUGGAAUGGUUCUUUCUUUCAAUUUGAUGCUGGGGGAAAACUACUGCAUAAAUUGGAUACUAAGCUUGCAGUUAGCUCUUAUGGGGAGGAUGACCUCGCCAGCCUUAUUCAAACAUUAUACAUUAAACUACCCCCAUCAACAGUCUCUGGGUCUGAGGAUGAUGAUGAUGAGCUGGAAUGGGCAGAAUACAAGAUCAAAGAAACUAAUAUGUUUACUGUGGAUAAAUAUCAACAGCCUGCAGAUUGGCUACUUUCCCAAUGAGAAAGCAUUUUCUCUGAGGUACCAAACUGCUGGAAUGCUAGAAACCGUGCUUCGACAAGGGGUUCUAGGGGAAGAUGAUAUUGGCGAAGAAUCACCUAGAAAUCUAAAGCUUCCUUCCCGUCGCCCUUCCAUAGUAUGUGAAAGUUGCUUGUAUUCAUUGGAGAAAGACAUGAGAGCAAGAGCAUUCCAUAUCAUGGACCCGAAAGGUGUUGUUGAAAUGCUUCUUAUUUUCCUUGAGGAAAGAGGCGAAGGGUUGCUCGAUCAUCCUUCAAUUAGUCAUACUACGGCGGACAACACAGACAGGGUUUCACCAUUUCUUGGUAGGUGGAAAGGUCAUUCCUUAACAAAGCGAAGUGGCGUUUAUGGAGCCACAAUUGCUGAAGCUGACACAGUAGCAUCACUUGAAAUGGAUGACAAGGGUAAACUUAUUCAGAAUAUGGCUUCAACAUCUGCUGGGGGCGAUGUAACCACAUCGGUGCCAUGGACCGGUGUCAUGCUUAACAAUAUGGUUAUCUUCGAGGGAGGUUACCAAAUCACGCUGUUGCCCGGUGGAAUGUACAUGGGGAGCCCUUGUGAUGUGUCGAGGAGCGUUGCAGAGUCCAAGUCAUUCCAUUUGGAGUUCUGUUGGCUCGAAUCGCCUGGUAAGAGACAGAGGUUAGUUCGAACUUACGAUGUUGAAGGCUUGGCAGUUUCAUCUACUUACUUUUAUGAGACCAAAAUUUGACAUUUUAUAAGAACAGAAAAUAGACUCAAUUUGGUUUUGUACUUGUGUAAUCAUUGGAAGAAGUUGCUUGCUUAUGAUGAUCAUUGCCAAUUUUCAUAGAUGGUUAAA